AUGAAAAUUUACCUUUUAUUUGCACUCUGUUCCUUUAUCUGUUUAACGGGAGCUGUUGCUGACCCUGACAAUGAAGUCAAAAGAGGAGUCUUUCCCUUUAUGGCCUUUGUCUACUACCAAGAUUCGUCAGUGGUUGACGAAUUAGGUAUGCGAUUCAGUCGAGCCGCAGUUCUAAUUCGACCAAACUGGCUGCUCACCGCUUCUCUUGAACGCAACGAUGCCCCAAUGGCCUUCCCACAGAAAACACUGCUAGCCAGACUUGGUGCUGUCAAUAUAGACUCUAAUUUCAAUUUUAACGAAGACGAGGAGGAGCAGGAGCGUGAGGUGAUUCAAGUCGUUCAACCGCACAACUUCAGUGCGCAACAGUGGUGGUUUUAUGACGUCACUCUACUAAAAACUCUUCUGCCGUUCAACAUAACUUCUGUAGUAGCGCCGACAACGCCUCGUUUUAUGGAAGAUAUUAAAGUGAAAACAUGUAAGAUAUUAAUUUAUGCGAGGAGAUUCGACAAUGCAACAGAAGAUAAAAUCCUGAUGCAGAUAUCGACUGAGUUACUCUUUCCGACGACAGAUUGCGGCCUUCAUUUUCAGUCAAAUACAAUGAUUUGUGGUGCUGAUAGUGACGACAACAAGAAUUUUAUUUACGAAUCAGAAUAUUGCCAAGGUAAUAGUGGUGGUCCCCUACUUUGUGAAGGGGGGGUAACAGGAUUACAGACUUACAUUAAGGAAAAUUGUAAGCAGCCGCAUCUCUUUCAAUUAUUGUCAGCUUGGGAAAAGUUUAUUACUUGUGGCGUGGAAGAAAAAUGUCAAGAAGAACAAUGUAAUACCACAUGUGCGACAAUCAAUAAAGACACACCCAUAAAUGAGAUAGUUUUACCAACCAUCAACGAAACGAAAGUUAUUUUAGUUUCGGAAUCUGUUAUAGAAGAUACGUCCACAUCUACGGCAACUUCUAGUACGCAAGCAACUGAUAAAGUUUCUGACGGAACUGCUAAGACGCCACCAACUUUGACAACUGUAAUAGAAGAACAAACAACAACGGAAAAAAUUACAACAGUAACUGACAAUUCUAUCGCCAGCAAAAUAGAUGAAGAGGAAACAACUACAUGGAUUUCGAUUAAAAUUAAAGAAAAACCAAAAGAUGUUGACCAAACCGAAGAUGCAGAAAAUAUAGAAAGAAAACCAACCGUUGAAGCUCAACAACAAAUGAUUAUUACAAAAGCGGAGAGUUUUGCUAACGAAGUGCACUCGUCGCAAAUGUUGGUACUUUGUUUAUUAGUUAUACUCAACACAAUUAGUCAGUGGAUUGUCUAA